UGCCGUGUGCGAAACAUUGCCAAAACCAAGGCGGAUAAUAUAUUUCAAAAUAAUUUCAUAAAUUGCAGUGCAGGUUUUAAAUUUUUUCACUAGCACUUAUCUGAGUUCAACUCGCGUAUAAUGGUUGACCUGACCGGUGGUGAAAAAGCAUGGGACAGCGAUCCCAAAGCUUGGUCCAAGCCUAUUAAACCGCUGGAGGAGAAGUGGAAAUUAGUACCGGCGUUUUUACAAGUAAAAGGACUUGUGAAGCAACAUAUAGAUUCGUUUAACCAUUUCGUAAAUGUGGAUAUUAAAAAGAUUGUUCAAGCCAAUCAAACGGUAAUCAGUGAAGCUGAUCCACUCUUUUACCUUAAAUAUUUGGAUGUACGUGUCGGAACUCCGGACAUUGAGGAUGGCUACAAUAUUACAAAAGCUACUACACCUCACGAAUGUCGAUUGCGUGACACCACCUAUUCUGCGCCUAUCACAGUCGAUAUUGAAUAUACGCGUGGAGCGCAACGUAUCAUACGAAAUAACCUCUUAAUUGGGCGUAUGCCAGUCAUGCUGCGCUCCUCCAAUUGCGUUCUGUAUGGUAAAUCGGAGUUUGAGUUGGCCAAGAUGAAUGAGUGCCCACUCGAUCCAGGUGGUUAUUUUGUUGUGCGCGGACAGGAAAAAGUGAUUCUUAUACAAGAGCAGCUUUCAUGGAAUAAAAUGAUUACUGAAGAGUUCAAUGGCACUGUGCAAUGUCAGGUCACUUCGUCCACACAUGAAAAGAAAUCACGCACGCUGGUAUUGAGUAAACACGGCAAGUACUAUCUAAAACACAAUUCAAUGACCGAUGAUAUACCGAUUGCGGUAAUAUUCAAAGCUAUGGGUGUAAACUCCGACCAAGAAAUAAUGUCGUUAAUAGGAACUGCUACAGAGACCCAAAAUCGUUUUGCGCCUUCGCUCUUAGAAGCAUUUCAACUGAAAGUAUUCACACAACAGCGCGCACUUGAGUUCAUGGGCUCCAAGUUGGUGGUUAAGCGUUUCCAAAGCUCAUCGAAUAAAACACCGGCGGAAGAAGCUCGUGAACUACUAACAACUACCAUACUCGCCCACGUGCCAGUUGAGAACUUCAAUUUUCAAAUCAAAUCGAUUUAUGUGUCCCUGAUGGUGCGGCGUGUUAUGGCCGCAGAACUUGAUGAAACAGCCUUUGAUGACCGCGAUUACUACGGCAAUAAGCGUCUUGAAUUGGCGGGCUCACUUAUUUCUUUGAUGUUCGAGGAUCUUUUUAAGCGCAUGAAUUGGGAACUGAAAAUGAUUGCUGACAAGAACAUUCCCAAAGUGAAGGCAGCGCAAUUCGAUGUGGUGAAACAUAUGCGCGCUGCGCAAAUAACAGUAGGCUUGGAAUCGGCAAUUUCAUCUGGCAAUUGGACAAUUAAGCGUUUCAAAAUGGAGCGUGCUGGUGUGACGCAGGUGCUUUCGCGCUUGAGUUACAUUUCAGCGCUGGGUAUGAUGACACGCGUCAAUUCACAAUUCGAGAAAACACGCAAAGUGUCUGGCCCACGUUCCUUACAACCUAGCCAGUGGGGUAUGUUGUGCCCCUCCGACACGCCUGAAGGCGAAGCUUGCGGUUUGGUAAAGAAUUUGGCGUUAAUGACACACAUUACCACGGAAGUGGAUGAGGGACCAGUUAUACGUUUAGCUUUCAAUGCUGGUGUGGAAGAUAUACGUUUGAUCGGUGGUGAUGUAAUAAACAACGCAAAAGUUUUCUUGGUGUUCAUCAAUGGUAACAUACUUGGGCUUACGAUUAGCUACAAACGACUUGUUCAAGUUUUUCGUAUGAUGCGUCGCAAAGGCCGUCUGGGUCCAUUCGUUUCCAUACACACUUCGCACACACAGCGCUGCGUGUACAUACAUACUGAUGGUGGCCGCCUCUGUCGGCCAUAUAUCAUAGUUGCUAAUGGCAAACCUGCGGUAGAGCAACGCCACAUUGAAGAGCUUAAGCGGGGAAUACGCAAAUUCGAAGACUUUUUGCAUGACGGUUUGGUAGAAUAUCUCGAUGUGAACGAAGAAAACGACUCGUUUAUUGCCUGGAAUGAAGCUGAUAUAACCGCAGACACCACAACGCAUCUGGAAAUAGAGCCAUUCACUUUGUUGGGAGUAUGUGCGGGUCUUGUGCCUUAUCCACAUCACAAUCAAAGUCCACGUAAUACUUACCAAUGUGCUAUGGGUAAACAAGCGAUGGGCGUUAUCGGCUACAAUCAGAAAAAUCGCAUCGACACACUUAUGUACAACUUGGUGUACCCGCAGGCGCCUAUGGUUAAAUCGAAGACUAUUGAACUUACCGGAUUUGAUAAAUUGCCUGCUGGCCAGAAUGCAACUGUCGCCGUAAUGAGUUACUCUGGUUAUGAUAUUGAAGAUGCGCUAAUCCUGAAUAAAGCAUCUGUCGAUCGUGGCUAUGGCCGUUGCCUGGUUUACAGGAAUUCGAAAUGUACCGUAAAGCGAUAUGCAAAUCAGACGUAUGAUCGUAUAAUGGGACCUGUAAAAGAUGCACUCACCAAUAAAGUUAUCUUCAAACAUGACGCGCUAGACACCGACGGAAUUGUGGCACCUGGCGAAAUGGUUGUAAACAAACAAAUUCUGAUUAAUAAAGAAAUGCCGGCAGUGACUUCUAUAAAUCCUAUUGAACAAACUGGACAAACUUCGCAGGUGCCAUAUACGGCAGUACCCAUUUCGUACAAAGGUCCUGAGCCGAGUUAUAUUGAAAAGGUUAUGGUGUCGGCGAACGGCGAAGAAGACUUUCUGAUUAAAAUACUUUUGCGUCAAACUCGUCGCCCAGAAAUCGGUGACAAGUUUAGUUCGCGUCACGGUCAGAAAGGAGUCACGGGCUUGAUUGUAGAGCAAGAGGAUUUGCCAUUCAAUGACUAUGGCAUAUGCCCAGAUAUGGUUAUGAAUCCUCACGGUUUCCCCAGUCGUAUGACAGUUGGCAAAUCACUUGAACUGCUUGGAGGCAAAGCCGGUUUAUUAGAGGGCAAAUUCCAUUAUGGCACCGCAUUUGGUGGUUCCAAAUGCAAGGAUAUACAGGAUGAACUAUUCAAGCAUGGCUUCAAUUAUAUGGGCAAAGACUACUUCUACUCUGGCAUCACGGGCGAAUCGCUGGAGGCAUACAUAUACUCGGGUCCAGUGUAUUAUCAGAAGCUGAAGCAUAUGGUGCAGGACAAAAUGCAUGCUCGUGCUCGUGGUCCAAAAGCGGUGCUCACGCGUCAGCCAACGCAGGGUCGCAGUCGAGAAGGUGGCUUGCGUUUGGGUGAGAUGGAACGUGAUUGCCUGAUUUCGUAUGGUGCAAGUAUGUUGAUCAUGGAACGGCUGAUGAUUUCGUCAGAUGCUUUUGAUGUAGAUGUCUGCAAGACUUGUGGUCGUUUGGCGUACUGCUCUUGGUGCAAUUACUGCCAGUCAUCGGCGAAUGUCUCAAAAAUUUCAAUGCCUUACGCCUGCAAGCUGCUCUUUCAAGAACUGACCAGCAUGAAUGUGGUGCCAAAACUGAAGCUGCAGAAUUAUUAGUUUUUAGUUUUAGUUUAUAACACCGAGCAGCAUGAAUUUUCAGUCUAUGUUUUAGGUUUACAAAUUUAAUUGGUUUUGCGUAAGAGAAAAAUAGUUAAAGUUCGCUACUCAAAUUGUGGCUACCUGCUGCGUGGGUACGAAAGCAAGCGUUCGUUGGAGGGAAAAGUUCAAGAUUUGGUUACUUUUAUGCAAAGAAUAAAUAUUAAUGUAUUUAUAUAGAAAUUUUUGGACCUGGAUAAUAAAUUAACUAUAUACAGGGUGCGUACUAUAUUAUAGGACAUGCAUAUAUACGGCUAUAGCUUUCCGUAAGCUUUAUAAU